GAUCGUCCCGUGCUCCAACUCCAUGCCGUGGUUGUCAGAAGUGCUUCGACAGCGAUGAAGCUCCGACGAGUUGCCGUGGUUGGCGUUUUGCUCUACGCAUGCAUCGGUCGGCCCGUGCACGCACAAGACACCGCAGCGCCAACAAAUGCUACAACGACAGACGCACCCGAACAAAGGAUCGUCAAUGCCACCACCACGAUUCUUCCCACGACAGUGCCACCGAUUCCAACACAAACACAGGGAAACCCGCAGCCCCCAGCAAACGACAAGCACAAUGACGAUUGGCCAUCAAACACGAUAAACGGGACUUCAGAUUGGUCGAAGCGCCAAGGCACCAUCAACACGUGCGACGACGCGAGGGGAUGCCAGCCGUGGGCGGCCGUUUAUGUUGCCAUCGUCAUGUUUGCCUUGCUCGUGAUGGGAAUGAUAUACGUCGCAUACAAACGGCGAAAUGUGCGGCGAUUCGUUGGAAGCGUGCAUUCACCCCCCUUGCUCGAAAUGCACCAAGGACGGUCUAAGCAGCCCGGACAAGAAGGGCAAACUACUGAAGUAUUGACACCAAUUGAGACGAGCACGCCGCAGCACAUGUCUCUCUCAGACAAUUCUCGUGUGCUGCACCGGUAAUCCUAAUCUAACUCUAUCUUAAGCCUUCA